GCAAUAACAAAGCAAAUAAUAACUAUCACCGGCGGAUCCCCAUUCUCCAGCAAUUAAACGCAGGUCUCAUUCAUUUCCGGUGCGUUUAAUAAUCCCUUUCUACGCCAUGGACAUGAAGAAGGUCUCCACCGCCAUCAUUGUUGCUGCCGCCUCAAUGAGCGCCGUCAUGGCCGCAGAUGCACCUGCUCCUUCCCCUUCCGCAGGUGGUUCUAGCCCUAGCUCCUCUCCCGCUUUCGCCCCAGCAGCAGGCCCGGAUUCCAGCGUCGCUGCCGCCACUUUGCCUGUUCUUGGAUCAUUGGUUGGGGCUUCCAUUGUUUCUUUGUUUUCUUACAUUCUCCAGUAAGCUGAUAAAUGUAUGAAAGUAAAAGAAUAUACGCGAUGAAUAUUCAAAAUUAAUAUAUGGAGCUUUGAUCAA